AUGUCUCAAGAUAAUUCAACAUCUAGUAACCGCUUUUCAACUCUUUUUACUUCGACGCUUCUUCACUCACAUCAAUACAAUGGAACACCACCACCACCAUAUAAGUCUGUAUCUCCAUCCACUCAAUUACCUAGUUAUAAUGGCGAUACCAAUGUACCUGAAGACGACGAUAGAGUUAUUAUUAAUGAAAGUCAAAACACCAAUGAACCCACAUUAACAUCCAAAAGUGAACCAGCUCUUAGUGUAAGCCUUAGCUCAACAUAUAAAAUAGUACCUAAUACGGAGUCACAAGAAAUGAUAUGUAUGGCUUCACUUGUAACAAGCGAUUACAUUCCAGAAGAAGCGAAGGAGACCGGUUCACAUGCCGAUAUAGUUCUCAUAUUAGAUGUUAGUUCUUCAAUGUCUGGAAGUAAAAUUAAUCUCCUUAAAGAGAGUUUAAAUUUUAUUGUCAGUGAACUUUCACCAAAAGAUCGAUUAAGUUUAGUAACUUUUAAUACUUAUGCAAAGCGUAUCACUCCAUUAUUGUAUGUAAAUGAAGAGAAUAAAAGUAAACUUUAUCAAGCUAUUCGAAAUUUGAGAGCUAAUGGUGGUACCAAUAUUGGAAAUGGUCUUAAACUAGGUUUGGAUAUUUUAACUCAAAGAACAACAAAGAAUCCUAUUACUGGAAUGAUUUUACUUUCUGAUGGUAUGGAUAAUAAGGAACAAUCUUAUGAACAUUUAUAUGAAAGAGCUCGUGAAGCAGAGAUUUCUAUUCACACAUUUGGUUAUGGAUCUGAUCAUGAUUCAAGAAAACUCCAUACUGUUUCUGUAAAAACGGAAGGAAGUUUCACUUAUAUUUAUGAAUUCGAACAAAUUAAACAAUGUUUUGCUGGUUGCAUUGGUGGUCUUGUAAGCAUUUCAUGCUGUGACGUAAAAUUAUUUUUACGAAUCCCUGAAACAAUUAAAAACGUUAAAAUAUCUGAAGUACUUAGCAAAUAUGACAACACUAUUAGUGAUAAUAUGCUCAGUGCUCAGAUUAAUAUUCAUAACUUGUACGCUGGCGAAAAGAAAGAUUUAUUAUUCUUGGUCAAAAUGUUACCUACCGAAACUGAUGAUGAUUCUGAAUCAAAUGAACUUAAAAUCAUUGAUGCGGAUGUUAAUUACUUUGAUAUUCACAAAGGAAUUAGAAUAAAUUGUCUUGAAUCUCCUGCAACUCUAAAAAUAAUCCACACUACUUCCGAAAUCGAUCCAUCUGACAACCCUAUCAACUCUCAAGUAAUUCAGCAAAAAUAUCGUUAUCUUACUUCAAAAGUAAUUUUAGAUGCUUCUAAUUUUGCUGAAAAUGGCAAUUAUGCUAGAGCACAAUUAAUUAUUAAUAAUCUGAAACAAGAAAUUCAACUUCAUCGUAAUGAAUCUCCUGAAUUUUAUGAUAUCCUAAUAGAAGAUUUAAGCAUGAUUGCCAGACAACAAAGUAAUGCUAAUACUUAUCAAAGUGGUGGAAGAGCUCAUUCUCUGCAGCAAACUUCGGCGCAUCAUAAUCAACGUUCUUGGGGAUCACGAACUAGGUCUGAAGCUGCUUACCAGUCUCCUACUGUUCAAAGAUAUUCAUCGAGAUCUGUCAAUCUUGAAUAA